CAAAGUGGCAGGGUUUAAUGGGUUUAAAACGUUUUUAUACCAUUAGCUGCAUAUUUACAUGUCAUAUAUAGUAAAACUGAGUUCAGACUGGAUUACAUGUCAUUCAUAGAACUGCAUUGGAAAACAGCGUUAUAGUUCUUUUUCACACUGUGUGCUAAGUGUGCCCAAUUUUAGGUUGUUAACUGAAUUUCUUUCUUUUUUUUAAUGCUUGUUUAACAUGGAGCCCGCACCUAAACAGCCCAAAGCUAAAUAAGCUCACGGUGGCAGCUCCUCGUGGAAGCCUGGAAGUUUCGGGAAGAGCAGAAAGCUAACCGGGAGCUGAAGUUAGCGGGGACGGUAAACUUCCUCUGCCACGUCUGAGCUCCAGCAGCAGCAGCAGCACUUCCCCCGGAGCUCACAGCCAGGACCGCGGCGCAAAAACGACAGGGACACACGUGAAUUAAUUAACGAACAGCCAUGCUGCCCAGGCUCCCUUUCUGUCUCCUAAUUUCUCUGCCAGUUCUCCUGGUGCAAGGGAGCAUCACUAAUUCAUCCAAGAAGAGCGCCGAUGCCCCGGCCGGUCCAGUAUCUCGCCCGCCGCCACUGCCUCCUCCACCUCAGGGUGACCCAAGCUGGACCCUAGGUCUGCGGCUCUACCAGGCCCUCCGCUCCGACUCGAGCUCCGUAAAUGUCAUCUUCUCUCCUCUGCUGGUGGCCUCCUCUCUCGGAGCACUGGGGGAAGCUUCAGUCGGUAACACCUCCAGCCAGGUCCGAGGUAUCCUCAACCCACCGUCCCCCGACAAGGCGGGGACGCAGGUUCCCGAACGUCUUGCCGAGGCGUUGAAGAGCUUCAGUGAAGCCAACGGAACCAGCUUUCACCUGCACGCAUCCUCAGCUGUGUUUUCCAAGCAGGUCUCUCCAGUCGACCAGGCCUUUGUGAAGCAGAGUCAGGCUAGGUUCAGAGUGCAGCAUCAGACUCUGGGGAAAGGAGACUCCAAGGCUGACCUGAAGCAGCUUCAGGACUGGGCUAAGGCCGGCCUUAGUGGACUGGAAGGCGCUCCUUUGGAGGCCGAAAUCAAGGCCAGGGCUGGAGCUUUGAUCCUGGCGAAUGCAGUGCGUUUAAAAGGGCUGUGGGAGAGAGAGUUCAACGAGGAAAGCGCAGAUCGCCGUACCUUCCUGGGAAAGAAAUACACCAAAGUGGUGAUGAUGCACAGAGCAGGUUUGUACCGCUUUCAUGAAGACACUGACAACAUGGUGCAAGUUCUAGAGGCGCCUCUGUGGGGAGGCAGGGCCAGCGUCGUGCUCCUGCUGCCCUUUCAUGUCGAAAAUCUGGCUAAGUUGGAAAAGCUGCUGACCCUGGAGCUGCUGUCCAAGUGGCUGGAGAAGGCCAGUGUAACCAGCGUGGCCAUCUCUCUGCCCAAGGCAAACAUCACUAGCACGCUCAGUCUGCAGAAACAGUUGGUUACUUUAGGUUUGACCAAUGCCUGGGACCAGAAGUUGGCUGACUUCUCUGGGGUGUCAGCCAAGAGCAAAGGAAAGCUUCACCUUGGUGGCGUCCUCCACUGGGCUACCCUGGAGCUGGCUGCUCAGGCAGGGAAAGAAGAUGCUGACCUACAGGAGGAACACAUUGAUCGGCCUAAAUUGUUCUACGCCGAUCACCCCUUCAUUCUCUUCGUCAGAGACAGCGCCACGGGAGCCCUGCUGCUGAUGGGAGCUCUGGACCACGUGGAGGGAGAGCCCUUACAUGAUGAACUGUAGCACCCUCCCUCCUGUCGCGUUAUCCUUCUUUUCUCAUCUUUGGUGUUUCUUUUCUUUUCGCAUCCCCCUCUCAAAAGACUGCACACUGGUUUCUGAGUGGAGACAUUGUCAUUCACUGUUGCACACAAUCGCAUCAGACUACGUCUGGCUGUCAGGCUGACACCGCGUAGUCUCACACUGACUGACACUGACACCGACACCGCCAUACUCGACAGAGUCACACUCGCACAGUAUCACCAACAUGGCAUAUAGAACAAAAAUACUGUAAGAGACAUUACUAAAGUUGACGGAUACACCAAAAACACUAACUUUGAGAGACUACUUGCCUUUUUUUCCCCCCUCCUUCCCCACACACACGCACGCGCAAGGACUCGAUCAUCAAGUCAACACAAUACGAGAUGACAAACACCAACAUGCUUGACAAGCACAAGUAGUUACACUGACACAACAUAAGCAACCGACAAAGAACUUCAACAAACAGAAGCUCGCAGUGACACUUGAAACUCUGCUGUCAGGGCAGGUGCGCGUUUGUGUGUUUGCGCAGUGACCGACACAUCAAGGGUACCCCUGUGGCCAGUCUCUAAGCUGGCAGGGACCAUUGGCGGGGUCCCCAGGGCUACGUCCAAGGAAGACUGAUGGCUCAGCCAAGUGCUUAUUGAUGAGCCAGCUUAAUGCUAAUGACUGUAAUGCGUUACAACGCUUGUCAACAACACGGAGAGGACGGGGAACCUUUUAAUCUCUUAAUGCCAUCGGGGAUCAAUGACACCAUUAUGCUGUUGGAAACAAAUGUAACUUACAUUACUUGAUGUAAAUGUAACAAGUUUAUAUUUAGAAAGAUUACACAAACUCAAUGACGUCUCCAUGUUGAAUAUAUUUUUUUAAAUUUAGGACAAUGUUUGAAUAAAGGGCUGUUUUGGGGGGAUUUUUUGAAUUCUUUAUUGUCAGUCUCAUCACUUUUCACUGAUUCAAAACAAACAAAAGUGUCCUGUUGAUAUGUCAGAUGUCUGUUGCAGGUAAUUUAUUUUCCUCAACUUCAACCCUGAACUAAAAGGCCUUGCAUGCGCCGCCAGGGUCUAUGGAAGUAGAUUUAAAGCCCCAAACUGAAUCACUUACUGAAUUUUAGUGGCAACACAUGAUAGAAUUGCAGUGCAUUGAAAGUGUAGCAGGCGACUUUGUCAACACAGUCACAGAAUGCUCUCCAACAACCUCAGGUAAAAUGCGUUUCUUCCAUUUCCACCGAUAAAUAAUUGAGAAAUCAAAUCUAUGGUUGAAUAAAAGAAAACGAAGGUCCCUGCUUGCCGUUCCUCUUAAAACAGCGUUCGGGUUUUGGUGUCUUCGGUGUUUGAAGUGUUUUAUUUAAAGCACCCGAACAUUUUAGGAGACUUUUGCGUUGCACCGGCCGCCCAUCUGUCUGCACAAACAAAAUACUUGAUGUGUGAUGGUUUUAUCCCAGAUGUGUUAAAAGCCUAGCGUCAAACACCGAAAAUGUAAAUGUGAGAUGCAUCUGUCUUGUUGCAGUGGUCUAGAGGCACACAGCUGGACUGUCUGAUUCACAGCAUUCAACAAAAUCCCUCUCAGGACCACUGUGCUAGUCCAUCCUUGUUCCUAAAUUAGCCACCUGUACAGGUCUGCUCGGCAACAGUGCGCGGCGUGCAUGUGUACUGUUCCUGUGAAGCCGUGCACCUAUAACAAUAUCCUCUCUGCAGUGGCCGUCUGUGCAGCACAGAUUUCUAAAGGGCACUAUAUAGCGGGUAUACUUCAUACUGAAUAACCCGUGGACUCGAUUCAGACAAGCCGAUGAUGGAUCAGUGGUCGUCUGCUGUGAGCUCAUCAAUCCUGCUUAUUCUAACACCGGCUCCCUGCUGGCUCACCUUCACAUUUCAUUCAGAGCACCUACAACCGCAUGCAUGUUCCACAUCUGCUCACAGGUAGCCAGACAUAAUCAGAUUUUUGAAGAAAAGGGUAAGAAAGCAGUAACUCGAUGAUGUGGAGCAGUAGCAUUCAACCUAGCAUAAAUCAAUCUAGUAAUUCGUGAUUUGAAGGGAGUUCUGUCAACUAAUAAUAUUUAUCCUCCCUUUAUAAAGAUGUUUUAGGAUUUUCCAUUUAUUUAGUGUAGUUAGGACCUGAUAUUUACAUCUCAUUUAAUGUAAAUUUGGUGGUAUGGCUCUAUUUUGACACACUCCUGUGUGUGAAAUGCAGUAGGCAGGGACAUGGAAAGUGGGAGGCAUAAAGACCCCGAGCACAGAAGUGAUCCAGCAUCAGUGACAAUAUAUUGUACAACAUGUGACACUGAUUAAUACACACACGGGAUAGAAGAAGGAGCUCAGGUGAAGGUGGGCUGCAGCGACUUGUAAAGGUGCAAGUGGGCAGGUAUAAUCAGCUCAAAUAGCAUAUAUGCUCAUACACAGUGGCCAAAUGGAUAUGUAGAAGUGUGCUAUCAAAACAAUCACCUGGUGAGGGCUGGCAAGAUGGAGUUAUUGCCUGUCUGAAUUAAUUCUGUGUCCCAUUUCUGACUCGUUUUAUUUUUCAAGUGCCCAAUUAUUUCACAAAAAAAAUUUCCAAUGUUUUAAAGCAACAGUCCAUGAUAACUAGUUCAAGUUAAAAGCACCUGAAAGACAUGUUCAGUUGCCUCAGAGUAGUGUCUCUGGGAGCACUCUGGCAAUACAGAGCAGCAAUAUUUUUGGACAGGAAGUCAAGGUGAACUGCUUCAUGAGCACUACUUGAUAGCUUGAUACCAUUGCCAGUGGUAGUCUCCUUUCAACCAUUUCACCGUCACGUGACAGAAAAAGGUUUUGAGAACAUUUAAUGUUUAAUUGCCUGUUGUUAAAUAAAAUAUAAUGUGCUAGAGCGACAUGAACUUCCUGUCUCCUCCGCUGGCCUACGCAAUGGGUUCAACCGUCGGACAGUCCAAGUGGCAGAGAAGAGAGCGUUUAGAGCAAAAGAGCACUCACAGUAGAGCCAUGCCAGUUAUGGUGCAGUACUUACCCUUUAGAGAAAAUCAUAGAAGUGACUCUUUAUAACUGUGGGUCAACUUUCUCAGUGUAUCGCCUCGCUCUUGUUAAAAGCUUGAGAUGGGUCAUCAGUAAGAGGCAGGCAUGUUGUACAUGGAAAGAGAGGUUUAUGUGGUGAGCUGGAAGGAUGGCUUUCUGACAUUCUGAAAAGACACACAGGUGGUCAACUUCACACCAUUUAUAGAUUAUUCACAUGGGGAUUUAAAGGGAACUGAUGGAAUAAGUGAUUGUGUAUCAGUUUUAAUAAAAGUUUACUUUUUUACACGUUUCUUGCACUGGGUUGGACUGAAAGUUGCUUUCAAAAUUUCAUUAGCUUUCUUAACCCUAACCCCACAGGUUAGAGGUUUCUCUGCUCCGAUUAAAGAAUUAACUCUAAACUAGCACUGAACUUUAAGAACAAGUUUUCAGGAGAAAACAAAGGAGCUUAUAACAUCUGGUAUUUCAAUUUUCGCAUCCAAAAUGACCAGAGCUUACCCUGCUUUACUUGGUGGUCAGGGUAAUCUGGCCAUAAGCUGCUCUGUCGAGCAAAGACUGGCAUUUUAUUGACUCAAAUGGUACACUGGGCCAUCUCUGCUCUCACUCAGAAACUCAACCCUCCCAAUGUGCUCCAACUUUAACGCUAGCUGUAACCUCAUGGGUCAGAGGAUCCACUGCUGUGAAUAAAGAGUUAACACUGAUGCCAACUCUGAACUUUAAAAACAAGACAUGUAUGACUUUCUUUAUAUAUAUAUAAAAAAAAAGACAGUUGACAAUCAGAUGCAGUCUCCCAUCCAAGUACUAACCAGACCCUACCCAGCUUAGCUUUUAAGCUCUCAAGUGAUCCAACAUGGUCAGUGCACCCUGCUAUAAGGAGCUCCUUUGGGUACAAACAGGCAAUUAAUGGAUUCAUACAGUGAAACUAGCUGUCUGUGUAAACCUGACAUAACUAUAACCCUAGCUGUAAACCCAACCGAGGUCAUAACCCUAACCCUGUCCCUUACAUCAUGGGUCAGAGGUUUCUCUGCUCUGACUAACUUUGGCUAUACUCUAUAACCAAAACUAAACUGUAGGAGCAAGACAUGUAAGACUCUAAAACAAAAAGAAAAAAUUAGAACAACUAUUUUUGGUCAUCCAUCAAAGCACUAACCAGCCCCUAUCCAGCUUAGUUUCUGCCAUCAGAAAUAGCACACGCUCAAGGAGGUAUGGCCAUAAGCUGCUCCUUGCUUAACAGACUGGAAAUUUUACAGAUUCAAAUGGCUGUCUCUGAUCUCAUUCAAAAGCCCAACCCACCCAAUGUACUCCAAUGCAAACACUAAUUAUGGUGAUCCAUGAACAACACCAGCAAAGGAAUAUCAGAUACACAGAGCGUGAGUAGGCAGGUGAGCUGAUGGAGUCUGUUUUACAGGGAAGGAUUCCAGGUCAAAAGGAUUAGCUUGACAGAGACAGACAAGUAGAUCUGACAAGAAACCCAUGGAGGGAAGCUCCCUGUAAACACUUAUUGUGCUGAUUUUAACUCAAGAAGAGGUUUGGAAGUCUUUAGUCAUCGACUCAUCUCUCUGCAAACCUCUGUGACUUUAGGCGGUCUGAGCUGAGCUGUUGUGGUUGCUAAACACUUCCACUUUCCAAAAUUACCACUUACAGUUGAUUGUGGAAUAUCCAGGAGGGAAAAAUGACAUGAACUGCCUACAUUUGAAGUCAGAGAGCUCUAUAGAACAACCCAUUCUUUCUCAAAGGUUUGUGAAGACAGGCUGCAUGGCUUGGAGCUUGAUUUUUACACCUGUGCCUAUGGGGGUAAUACACAGUAAUAUGCCCUGACAGGCAGGUUGGAGUUUUACUGACCAAUGGGGCUAAGCUAGUCAGAAUAGUCAUUGCACUCUCCCUGCAGUAUUCCAAGAGGAAGCUGUAAGUCAA